AUGCUCCUCUUUACCGUAAUCUGCGUCCUUUUCCUUCUCGUCGCUGCGCAUACGUGCUGUCUUCCGUUGCAAUCUCGCGAUGGCGACCCGACAAAUUUGCUGUUCCCUGGGGGAAGCAUUCGCGGCCUUGUCGCAGGCUCGGGCGCCGCACAUCGCUUCACCUUGCCCACUGCCCAACCUCCUGUGGGGGUUCUCCGUUUCGCCAGUCCUCAACCCGUCAAGCUCGACAAGCUAGUCUCCGCUGCCAACGGAAAGACUUUCGAUGCUUCUGCGCUCCCACCAGCCUGCAUCCAAGGAACGAACGGUCCGAUCGGCGGCGCGGACAAACAGAGUGAAGACUGCCUCUACGCGACAUUCUACAAGCCUGCAAAAGCAAAGAUGGGCGACAAUUUGCCCAUCCUGGUCUGGGUCCACGGUGGAAGUGGCCUCUCUGGCUCUUCGACGGCGGCAGGACUGGAUGGGAGCAAGCUGGCCUCGUCUCAAAAUGCCAUCGUCGUCUUUGUCCAGUACCGUCUCGGCGCCUUUGGAUGGCUGCAGACGACAGCGACAUUUGACGAGAAAGACCCACAAGCAGGCCAACAAGGCUCGAGCAAGCUCGCAGGAAAUCAGGCCGUCCGAGACGUCGUGGCUGCCCUGCAACAGAUCCGGAACGUGGGCCAAUACCUUGGAGGCGAUGUCAACAAAGUGACCCUGAUGGGUCAGAGCAGCGGUGCACAACUCGUCAGGGCCCUGCUGACGACGCCAGCAGCAGAACCUCUCUUUUCAAAGGCCAUCCUCGUCAGCGACACGCAAGACUACGGCCCCUCUACCAUUGCGCAGAACAGCUUCCUGGGCGACCUCACCAUGAAGUCGCUCGGUUGCGACGUGGGUGACGUUGCAUGCGCACGCAGCAGGACAGCCGACCAAGUUCUGGAUGCAACAUUUAGUACCUAUAGCAAUGGGCCCGCACAGGACGGAGGGGUCGCGGCAGGCACGCCCUGGCGGCCCGUUAUCGGUACGCAGUAUAUCCCGACGGCCCUCGAGCAGAACGCGGCUGCGGGCAAGGGCACCACAAAGCCCAUGAUUGUGUCGACGGUGCAAAAUGAAGCGGGAAGCAUCACGGCCGCCAGCUGGAAAGCAACUCAGCCAGGCGCGACAACGCUCGAGCUGGCGUACGGAAAUCAAAGCGUAUCUUUUGGAGAAGCGCUCGACUACAUCUUCAAUCAAGCCAGGGGCAACGCGGCAGCUGUGCUACCUCAGUACAAGUACGAAGUCGAGCAAUCGGACGCUCUUAGACGCACAUUCGAGCAGGCAGCCACCGAUGGCCUUUGGCGAUGCGCUGUUCAAAACAAUGCCCGAAAGGCGUCUAGCCAGGUGUGGGUGGCCGAGUGGGCCGUCGGUGCCACAUAUCCAGACAACGCGAGUCGGAACUAUUGUGUCGAAGAUGGUCACGUCUGCCACGAAGACGACAUUUUCCUUAUUUUUGGCACGAUGCCCGGGCCUCCGACAACGGCGCAAGAGACGCUCUCCCGCGAGAUUCAGACGCGCUUCGCAAACUUUGCCAGGAAUAGCAUCCCAAAGGGACCGACAGGUGCCGUCGACUGGACGCCGAUAGCAGCGGAUGGCAAGAACCUCAACCUGCUUGUCAUGCAGCAGGGACCAGGAGGGAAAGGCUUGAGCUCCAUCGCACAAAGCCAGAGUCCCACGACCUGCGAUUCAGACAUCUGGGGGAACAAGAUCCUAUUCGAUUGGCAGAUGUACAGCUGAUCGUGUCUCUUUACCGUAAC